AAGUCAGAAUGUCAUUUUCUGAAUUUAAUUGCAGGAAUUUCUUUUGAGUCGUGCCGAAACUGCAGAAUUUCUAUUGGAAUAAUAGAUUUUAACAUACAUCUUGUGUAUUGGAAUUGUUUAUUUUUAUGUAAAGGCUCAUACGUUACAGCUUUUGUGUAAGAUACAAUGGCGGACAAUCAAGGGGCGCCGGUAACCGGUAAUCUAGUGACUCCGAACAAGGAGGAGCCUAAAGAGGGUGUUACGAGUGCGAACGAGCCUGGUACGCAGUCUGAGCCUGCGGAAUCUCCUCAGACGGAGCAACCGGCGGAGGACUGCCAGGAGAUCAUAAUAGUGAACGAGCAGACUACGGAACUAGAUCUAAACCACGGGAGGAUCGGAAAAAUCGAGAACCUUGAGCGUUUGAAGAACUUGGAAAGAUUAUACCUGCGAUGGAACCUGAUCAAGAAGAUCGAAGGUCUCAGCACGCUGAGCACGCUGGUCGAGCUGGAACUCUACGACAACCAGAUCGUGGUCAUGGAAAACCUUGACGGACUCGUCAAUUUAGAAAUGCUAGACUUAUCAUUCAACAGAAUUAAAGAGAUCGAUGGUUUAGAGAAGCUGCUAAACUUGAAGAAGUUGUUCCUCAGCUCGAACAAGAUUCAUGAGAUCAAGAAUGUCAACCAUCUGCCCAAACUGGAACUACUUGAACUGGGUGACAAUAGAAUACGGGAAAUCAAAAACCUAGGAGGCUUGAAGACUCUAAAACAGCUAUACCUGGGCAAGAACAAAAUAUCGAAAAUACAAAACUUGGAAGAGUUGACAGAGUUAGAAAUCCUAGUACUACAGAGUAAUCGUCUCGUUAAAAUAGAGAAUCUAGAUGAACUUACUAAACUAGAACAGUUGUACAUAUCUGAGAAUGGAAUUUCGGUUAUUGAGAAUUUGAAUAACCAGGUGAAGUUGCAGACUUUGGACCUGGCCGUCAAUAGGAUCACUGUCAUCGAAAAUGUUGCCCAUAUGGUAGAUUUGGAAGAAUUAUGGCUAAACGACAACCAAAUCACAGACUGGUCAUCAGUGGAUUACCUAAAACAGAACAAGAAGUUGACGACAAUAUACUUGGAACGCAACCCUCUCGCCGCCGACCCGGCGUACAGAAGGAAACUGAAGCUAACCCUCCCGUCGCUGCAGCAGAUCGACGCCACAUUGUGUAGAUAAGAAUUUAUGGUUCAUUUCUAUAUAUGUAGUUGUUUAUGGUGGUGUUGAAAGAUUGAAUUAGUUACUUAUUCUCAGAGAUCAUCAAAAAAAGUACAUUUUAAACGUAGAUUUUCUAAAGGAAUUAAUAAAUUAACAUCUGAAUGAAUGUUUAUUUUAAAUAAAUUCUUGUGAGUAGGGAAACGUUAUCCGUCAGGUUGUGAAACUAUAUUUGAAAUGGGAAAUAAUACUUGUAUUAAUUGAAUACUUAAUAAAACACUUAUGACUUAGUUGUUAAUAAAGAUUAUAACUAAAUUGUAUUUACGUUCAUAUUAAAAAGUCCUAAAACCUGCUUAUCUAAGUCAUAAAACUAACUUCAAACAAGUCAAAUACAUAAAAGAUAUUUUGUAGUAAUGUGAACGUCUUUUCACACCACCUGUAGAAGUAGGUACUUUGGUAUGUAUGUAUGUAACUAUGUAAUAGUAGUGUAAAUCAUAAAACAUUUUUAGUACAGAGGGCUUAGUACGAAUUUGUUUUACGUCUAACGAAAACAAAACGAGAGCGGGUUCGACGCUCUGAUUGGUUGGUUUAUUCGAGCCGGCCAAUCAGAGCGCCGAACGCGCUCUCAUUUCGAUUACUUUAAACGUAUAGCAAACUCGUACUAAGGUUAUAGAGCGCCGAACUCGGCCUCGUUUCGAUUUCGUUAAACUUUAACCAAAUUUGUAUUAAGGGUUCAGACUGAAAUAUUAGAAAUUCAUACAUAUUCAGAACUGAUCAAAGUUUACUUUCUUUAAAUCAUCCUGAAAUCUAUCAUUACCGGCAUUAAAAUCGUAACAACAUCAAAAACAGUUAUGAACUAACUUAUCAAUGUUCUAAUAAACUUAUGAAAGAAAAAUAAGAUUUCAACAUAAAUAUUAUAGCUUUUUAUUUUGUAGUAAAUAAGUAAGUAUGUAUGUUGGUACCGGUAAACUAUGGCAACUUUACCAGACCCUUGGCAACUUUACCAUACUAUAGGUAUUCAGUAUAAACUCAUUUAUCUAAAAAUCUACCCACUAGAAUUCUGUUUUGUAAUAGUAGUAUUUUUUAGACAUAAAAAGGAAAUAUUUACUAUAUUUUGCGUAGACGCAAGACUGCUAUUAUGCCAGUAAUGGCCGUCACAGUGUAGUGCGUGAAAAUGUGCUAAAAGUUAGUAGUUCCUAAAUUGUGCUCACAGAGCCUUAAUUAUUUGUCACAGGUGAGUGAAAUUUUGAUCUUGAAUGUAUAAUAUAGUUGGGAUUACUGUUAUAAUGUCAGCAAUUGCUUUUUCUUUAAUUUAUUGAUAAAUAAUCGCUUCGGUAAUGUUGACACAGGUUAGGUAAAGUUGCCACGGCCUGCUUUGUGGCAACUUUACCUACAGUUAGGGUUGGCAAUAAAUGUUUUUUUCUUGUUUGUGUGUAUGUAACCAUUUUCAAAUACCUAAAUUUCCCAGCAUAAUAGUGAAUAUCCUGGAUGAUAAGUUAUAAUGUAUUUAAUAAUACCUUUUGUUUUAGAGCCAAAAUGGCUCACAUGAAAUAAAACCGCAGAAAACUCGGAGUUAGACAAUAUAAAAAGUAUACGAAAGUAAUGUUAAAAUUAGCUAUGGAGAUAGUGAAGUCAAAAAAUUAAAAAGUCAAAAGAUUAAACAUUAUUUUGUAGCCUUUUUUUACAAUUUUAAACAUAAAUACUUAAAAUUUUAGAACUUAAUUUAGUUUAAAAGGGAACAAUAUUUAUGUCAGAUAUUUAUGCUUUUUUUUACUUUAGGUUUAAGGUUUAUAUUUUUUUUUUAAAUAUACAUGUCAUAAAAAUAAUUCUCAUUUUUUGACAACCCCGAGCGUAACAAAUUAUUUGUAUGUAAAUUACGAUGAAACCCGUGGCAACUUUCCCGACUGUCUGUGUAGCCGUUAUCUUUAUAGAUUUCCUCAUAUUGUUUGCAUUAUAAUACGAAGAGGUCCUAGAUGAAGCCCUCUGUACCUCAACAACUCUUUAAUAUGCAAUACACGAUGAAUACGGUGCGUAGGUAAAGUUGCCAAAAAUUUGGUAUCUUUACCCAUGUUGUUUUUUCUUUACUACGGCUAAAGUAAGCGUUUGUAUAUAAUGACGAUUACGGUAAAGUGAGCCAGAUAGACUACAAUUCUAAAUAUAUAGUUUUGGUUUCUAUGCGUCUUAUGGUUAAAAAUAUAUUUCGAUUUUUGUUCCAAAAUAUGGCAAGUUAAAUGUAAAGUUGCCAUGUUUUACGGUAUUUAGUCAAAAAAUUGAUGUAUGUAGAGGUUGUUGUAGCUACAAUAUAAUGUUAUAUUUAAGUAAUAAUUAUAACUAUUUUAUUUUAGUGUACUUUGCCCAUUAAUGAGUGAUUUAACCUAUUGAGUAUUUCAUGUUUUGCUUUGCUAACCUUAUUUAACUUGAAACAGAUACCAAUAAUUUGUUUUAGUGAAAAUUUUCAUUCACGUGCUGUAUUCCUAAAUGUUAUCGUUCGUUAAUGAUUUGAAAUCUUAAUUUUGUGACUGCAGCUGUACGAAACUCUUAGUAUGAGUUUGCUUUUUAACGAGAUCGAAACGAGAGCGGGUUCGGUGCUCUGAUUGGCUGGUUCAUUCGCGCCUGCCAAUCAGAGCGCUGAACGCGCUCUGGUUUCGGUUUCGUUCAACGUAAAGCAAACUCAUACUAAAGGUACAGGUUUUCAAAAGACCAGGAGAUCUAAAUUCUUGUGCAAUUCAUUUAUAAAUUAUUUUUUUUAUAUCUGACUAACUUUUCCAGCUUUAUAAUAAUGUAUUAAGAUCUUUAAACGAUAACAAAGACAUAAAUGUAGUUCAUGUCUUAUUAACUAAUUGAUAUUGUUAUUAAAUAAUAAUAAAUUGAUGUUUAUAAGACAUUUGACCACUUCGGUAAUCUAGUGAUUGAUACUGCGACUGGCUGCGCACAAAAACCUGAAUUUGAUUCCCAAAUUGGGCAAUUAAUGGAGUUUUUCUCUGGAAAUUAUAACUCAAUUGGUGUAAAAUUGGUGUUGCGUUAAGUGUUGUUAGGUGUUAAAAUGAAAUAUAAAUGUAAGUGCCUCCUUCGAAAUUGUCCAAAAAUUGUUAGAAAAACGUAGAUUGUUGAUUCUUCGAUAUCGUUAUUAAACUUCCUUAAUUAGUGGAUUAAAAUAAAAAAUAAUAAUAACAGCGCGUGCAAAGGAAAGGCUGAAAUUAAGAGAAGACAGUCAAAAUUAGUUUUUCAAAACGAUAUGACGUAUAAGUGUCAAAAAAAUCGACUAAUUUCCUUCUCGAAUGUAAUAUCAACUUUGACAUUUCAAUGCAUUUUGUGUUAUCGUACAUGUCAAUAUAUUACAAUUAGGAACACAGGGUGUAAGCGGAACGCUCCCAAACGCCGCAAACAGGUGACGGAAAAAUGGUGUAUUAUUUAAAAAAAAAAGAAUUCAAUGUUCAUUUUAGGUAAUAAUAGUUGUAAUCUAAUGCUGAAUUUUAAUAUAGCAUGAAUAAUACAAACACAAAAACGAUUAAAAUUAUAAAAACAUAAACACUUUGUGGCGUUUUUCGGGAGCGUUCCGCUUACACCCUGUAUAACUAUAACAUAACAAAAUAAACAUACAUUUCAAAAUACUUUUGUUAAUUUUCAUAUCUAUUUAUAACAUGUACUUUAUAAUACCUAAUAAUAAUAAGCAUUUAUAUCAAAAUGUACCAAUAAACAAGGAUUUGAAAAUAUAUAGAUUUUGUACGGAAUGUAGUGCGUGUUAGUAGUUGUGGUAAACAUUAUUAUAUGUAUGUAUUUUAUGUCAUAAACCGAGUUCAACGAUGUGGUUUUAUAACAUUCAUCAUAUUUUUAUCCUCCAAAUUCAAGAACCGAGGCGAGUCUACAUCUUAUGUUCAAAUUACCCGGGGUGCUAAGAUAUUUUCAAAAUUCUAUUACGUAAAACAUGGAUUCAAGAAUUUACUAUUUACUUACGUUAAGUAUUCGGACGCAGUUUAUAAUUUAUGAGCUCUGGUGUGGUUCGAAACUAGUCGGGGGUUAUAAUAGUUUAUGAUUAUGAGCUCUGGUGUGGUUCGAAACUAGUCGAGCGUUCUCGAAUAAUUUAAUUGAGCAUUAUAGGUACAAAAAUGUUUUAAAACCACAUCGUUCAUACUAUCUCUUCUCUUAAUGAGUUCCUGCGAUCAUCUACCUAUAUUAUGUAAAUUACUAAUUAUUAUUUAUUUUAUCUUGAUACAUGUAUUGUACUAUCGUAGCCUAAUGUUAAAUGUUUACAAUAAAUGUGUUAAAAUCGU